GUGAAUGCGACCCUACUCAUUAACUCCCUCACACUCCUCACACUAACCAUCCUCCUAACUCCAAUCAUCCUCCCACUCCUCUUUAAGGGCUUUAAAAACACCCCCCUCUCUAUCACUCGCACCGUAAAAGCUGCAUUUCUAACAAGCCUGGCCCCAACAACUACAUUCAUCUACUCCGGACUAGAAUCCAUUACCUGCCACUGAGAAUGAAAAUUUAUCAUAAACUUCAAAAUCCCCCUAAGCCUAAAAAUAGACCAAUAUUCAAUAACAUUCCUCCCCAUUGCCCUAUUCGUAACAUGGUCCAUUCUACAAUUCGCCAUGUGAUACAUGGCCUCCGAACCAUAUGUAACAAAAUUUUUCACCUACUUACUCACAUUCCUAAUUGCCAUGCUGCUUCUAACAACCGCAAACAACAUGUUCCUCCUAUUUAUCGGCUGAGAAGGCGUAGGAAUCAUAUCCUUCCUCCUCAUCGGCUGAUGGCAGGGCCGAGCAGAAGCCAACACUGCCGCCCUACAGGCCGUAAUCUACAACCGAGUUGGAGACAUCGGCCUAAUCCUGAGCAUAGCAUGACUAGCAUCAACCUUCAACACCUGAGAAAUUCAACAAGCCGUACACCCCCACCAAACCCCCAUCCUCCCCCUCCUAGGACUAAUCCUCGCCGCUGCAGGGAAAUCCGCACAAUUUGGCCUACACCCAUGACUACCUGCAGCCAUGGAAGGCCCCACCCCCGUAUCUGCCCUAUUACACUCCAGCACCAUAGUCGUAGCCGGGAUCUUCCUACUUAUCCGCAUACACCCGCUACUAGCCUCCAACCAAACAGCCCUAACUGCAUGUCUAUGCCUCGGCGCCCUGUCAACCCUAUUCGCCGCCACAUGCGCCCUAACCCAAAACGACAUUAAAAAAAUCAUCGCUUUCUCAACAUCCAGUCAGCUCGGACUAAUAAUGGUCGCCAUCGGACUAAACCUCCCCCAACUAGCGUUCUUACACAUCUCAACCCAUGCCUUCUUCAAAGCCAUACUGUUCCUAUGCUCCGGGUCCAUUAUCCACAGCCUAAACGGAGAACAGGACAUCCGAAAAAUAGGCGGCCUGCAAAAAACACUCCCAGUCACUACCUCCUGCCUAACCAUUGGCAAUCUAGCACUCAUAGGAACCCCAUUUUUAGCUGGAUUUUACUCAAAAGACCUCAUCAUCGAAAGCCUAAAUACAUCCUACCUAAACACCUGGGCCCUAUCACUAACCCUCCUAGCCACAGCAUUCACUGCAACCUACAGCAUCCGCAUAACCCUCCUAGUCCAAGCCGGACGGACUCGUAUCCCCCCAAUCACACCAAUAAACGAAAACAACCCACUAAUCACUGCCCCCCUAACUCGCCUUGCCCUCGGCAGCAUCAUGGCAGGAAUACUAAUCACCUCCUUCAUCACACCAACCAAAACACCCCCAAUAACCAUACCCCUCAUCACCAAAACUGCUGCCAUCCUAGUAACAGUCCUAGGAGUCAUCCUAGCCCUUGAGCUCUCGAACAUAACACACACCCUCACCCACCCCAAACCAAGCCGCCUCGUAAACUUCUCCUCCCUGCUAGGCUACUUCAACCCCCUAGUCCACCGAUUCUGCUCCAAAACCCUGCUAGAAAAGGGGCAAAACAUCGCCCUACACCUAAUCGACCUCUCCUGGCUCAAAAAAAUAGGGCCAGAGGGCCUCGCCGAGCUGCAGGUAGCCGCAAGCAAAGCCGCAACCCUGGCACACACCGGGCUUAUCAAAACCUACUUAGGAUCUUUCGCCCUAUCCAUCCUAGUAAUAAUCCUGACCACACAGACCUUCUAA